AGAAUCUGAAGAUGCUUAAAAAGACGUAAAGAUAAUAUAAGAACAGGAUGGAAUUACCACCAGGAAUUAUGUUAUGGAUCUUUUGGUGUAUUUUUUCAGGAAAAUUGAUUGGAAUAUUACAAAAAUUAUAUUAUCAAAUACGUAGACGUAUUUGUUAUAUUCAAGAAUGUCCAGUUAAUUCAGUAGAUUUUUCAAGGGAUAGAAGGAAAAUAUCACUUUUUUUAAUCAUUGUUUAUCUGUUGUUUAUAAUGUGUGAAUUUUAUGUAAAAUCAUCUCAAAAUUUUUAUGAAAUCUUAAAAAUAUCACCAUACAGUCUUAGUAAAGGAAAAUUAAAAACACAUUUUCAUAAGAUAGCUUUAAAAAUACACCCUGAUAAGAUUAAAAAUGGAGAUGCAACAGAAUUUAUAAGAUUGCGUUUAGCGUAUAAUGUUUUAUCAAAUGAAAAACAAAGAUUUGCAUAUGAAAGACUUGGUCCAUCAAUGAUUGAAUGGUCAAAAACAGUUUCUUUAUAUGAAAUCCUUUUUGAAAGUAUUAAACCAACAUUUCAGUUUUAUGGAGGAAUAAUUUUUGUUUCUUUGGUUUUUAAUUUCUUGGGAAUUAAACCGUUGAAAACAUUUUGGUAUUUUUACAUAAUAGGGUUAUGGUUUACAUUAGAGGUAUUAAGUAUUAUUCGAUCUUAUCCUAUAUUUCCUUUCAAUUUUAUUUUUCUAAGAAAGCUUCCUUUCGAAUUUUUAACAACGAUUCAUACUUUUCUUAGAAUUUUCUUAUUAGCAUGGUCAGAUAUAGAAUUUAUUUUAUUUUCAGAAAAAAAUGUCAUAGAUAUUUCAGAAAACUCAAAGAAAAUAUUUUCUCUAUCAUCAAUCUUACUUGAUGAAAGCAAUCAUCUUCUUGAAAUGGAGUAUUCUUGCUAUGGAGAUAAAUCAGUUGCAAAAGAUAGGAUUAAAAAGAGGAUUAAAGAAGUAGUUCUAGAAAAUCAAGUAAAUUUUGAGCUUAAUCGACUAAAAAAGCUUGAUUAAGUAUUGCCUGAAUUAUAACAAAAUAAUAUGAAAACACCAAUUCUUCUGGUUUUAUAG